UGCGGUGUAAACGUCGCGAAGCGGACUGAACUGAAUUCGUAAAUAAAAACGAAAUAUUGUGGUGUGCACUUUGCCGUUAUUGUUGCAAAUAUUUCAACUGAAACUACUUUAAGUAGCCGCGUUUUCAGCGCUGAUGUCACCAGUUGAUUCAUUUUGGAAAACUUAUCUUAAAAGAAGAUGAUGUCUAGAUGCCGCUAGCUAGUCGAUAUUGCUCUUAAUAGUCACAUAUUUACGUGCGAGUGUGUAACUCGAACCUCAAGUUAUCUGGUUGGACUACCACGCAUUUAGGUGAAAUAUGUUGUGUCACAUCACGUUUCAUGAAUAAGCAGCAUCGCAAAACGAAUCACGCGCAACCACACCAACUGAACUGAAACAUCUUUAUACAAGGGAAAAGCGGGAAGUGCAAUGCAACCCUUCAGCAUAGUAGUCAAAUACCUUCAAUGAGUCCGUCAUAUCACACGCUGGCGCCAGCUCAGUCAAUCAAACAUAGAGAAGCACUGAAAACACCUAUGACGCUGACCAAGAACAGCUGAAGUGAGAGCGCAGCAUUUCAACAAAAUUCUAGUGAGAAGAAACCAACGCCAAAAGCUCCAAACAGUGAAAUCACAAUCACAGUCCAAGACUUUUAUUACAAAUACAAAAAGAAACAUUGCCACAGAUGUAUCGAUUUGAAGUCGAUGUCCUUAAUUUAUGAAUGUGUGUAUAUACGUAUGAAACUGUUUUCUAUUACAACACAAACUCGCCAAGAAAAUGUACCGCCCAAACUUCUAUGAAUCCACAUGCCUGCGGUGCAACGAAAUCGUCUACCAAGUGGAUCGAGUGGGACCCCUCAAGGACUUCACAUUCUUCCAUUCUGGCUGCUUUAAGUGCGUCCAUUGUGGCACAAAGUUAACACUUAAAACAUAUUUCAACAAUCAGCACAAACAGGACGACAAGGAGGUUUACUGUAGUUCACAUGUACCAAAGAGUGGUCCUGGUCAUUUAGAUCAAACGUCGGUAGGCAUAAGGCAGGCUUUGAAUGCGCCCCGCACCAACAAAUACGUCAAUGACCAAAUUCGCGGAACACGCACAGAAGUAGAUGGUGGAUUGGGCUCACGUCAAUCGACACCAAAUGGUUACGGCAGCCGUGAUGUUAGCUCCCCGUCACAAAACGAUUCCGAUUAUAAAUAUGGCCGAUUCGACGCCAGCGCACUCCACAUUGCGCAUGCGCUGAAGCAAACGGAAAUACAGAAAGCCUACAACAAGAUGAGAGAAAAACCGAUAGAUUUCUAUCUGGCCCGAGAGGAGCAAGCGCGCCUUGAAAUGAAACAUCGUAAAGAGGAAGAUGAUUUAUACCGUAAAUUUGCCCGCAAACGAGAGGAAGAAGAUCGCAAAAUACAAUCUGAAUUCCAAGACGAAUGGGAACGUGAACUACAGCGCCUCACUCACAAAUUCGAAAAAGAAUUAGCAACUUCUCGGCGCAGUCGAGAUGAUCAAAAUAUGCUCACGCUGCGGCAUGAACAGCAGAAGGAAGAUCUGGAAAAAAACAUGACACUGCGGCGYAGCAAAAAGAAAGAAAGCAUCACACGUAAAAUGCUAGAACAUGAGCGAUAUGAAACAGCCGCUCUAGUAGAUCGCCAGUCGAGUGAAAUGUUGGAAUUGAUUAGUGCGCGGCGCUCGGAAUACAUGCAAAAUGAGAGUAUCUUUUUAGAUGACGAUUUCGAUGAAGGCGCAGUCCCACUAGAAUAUCCAAUGGUUGCUCCAAUACCAGCUCCACCAGCCGUUAGCAAAUUCCAAAUAUAUACUGAUCCUAUUGAAUUUGAAGAUGUCGAUCGCAUUGCAAUAUCGGUAGCACAAGAGGAUCAGAAGACCUUCACGGACUUAGUGCGGCAGUUAGUCGGUCGUUGUACCACAGACAUAGAAAAGGCUCGAACGAUCUUCCGUUGGAUAACUGUUAAAAACUUAAAUGCAAUGCAUUUCGAUGAUGAUUUGCGGGGUGACACACCCAUGGGCUUGCUGCGAGGCAUAAAAUACGGUACAGAGAGCUAUCACGUACUAUUCAAGCGACUUUGCAGUUAUGCUGGCCUCCACUGCGUAGUAAUUAAAGGUUAUUCGAAGAGUGCUGGUUAUCAGCCAGGUGUCAAAUUCCAAGAUUCUCGGUUCCGCAACUCUUGGAAUGCGGUAUAUGUUGCGGGAGCUUGGCGUUUUGUACAAUGCAAUUGGGGCGCACGCCAUUUGGUCAACGCGAAGGAAGCACCUAAAACUGGACGCGGAAAAAAUGACAGUUUAAGCAGAUAUGAAUAUGACGAUCACUAUUUCCUUACCGAUCCUCGGGAGUUCAUUUAUGAAUUUUACCCCUUACAAGAGGAAUGGCAACUGCUUAAACGACCCAUAACUCUACGGGAAUUCGAGAACUUACCGUUUGUGCGAUCGCUUUUCUUCCGUUAUGGGCUACAUUUCGCCGAUGAAGGUUAUGGCGCCGUAGUCUUCACAGAUGACACUGGUGCCGCCACUGUUCGUAUUGCCAUGCCAACAGACAUGCAAAGUUGCCUGAUUUUCCACUACAAUCUUAAAUUUUACGAUAGCGACGAAGACUCCUACGACGGUGUCUCCCUGAAGCGUUUCGUUAUGCAAUCAGUCAUUGGAAACAUUGUAGCUUUUCGUGUACAUGCGCCGUGCUCAGGAGCAUUUCUUCUCGAUAUAUUUGCCAAUGCUGUAACCCCACAGGAAUACCUCACUGGCGAACCUAUGAAAUUUAAGUCCGUCUGCAAGUUUAAGAUAUGUUGCGAAGAACUACAAACAGUUAUGGUACCGUUGCCGGAUUGCGCAAGUGGUGAAUGGGGUCCUACAAAAGCGACUAGGCUUUUUGGAUUAAUACCCAUAACACACCAAGAUCCACUUAUAUUUGCCGGACGAAGUUUAGACCUUCAAUUUCGCAUGUCAAGGCCUUUGACAGACUUCAUGGCCACUCUGCACAAGAACGGUGUGGAAGAAAAGAAACUUUCCAAAUAUGUGACGCACAACACGUUAGAUGACAUUGUGACAUUCAUAAUAAAUUUUCCCGAGGAGGGUCAGUACGGUUUAGACAUAUAUACUCGUGAAGCUGGAACCAUGGCUUCGCACCAUAGUCACUCUGCGUCAACGGGAGAGAAACACUUGCUCACCCACUGCUGUAAAUACUUAAUCAAUUCAUCGAAGCGGAAUUAAAUAGGCAGAAAUGCAUAAAAUAUACAACUGUAUGAAAUUGUUACAAUAUUUUUAGUGAAACGCAAUAAUUACCAAUUAGUUGUAAAAGUUUUGUAUGAUUAAUACCGAUUAUGUUUUAAAAGUAAUCUCAUGCAUAUUACUUAAUACAUAUUAAAAUCCAAAUAAUAUUGAACUGUGUACAAUUUUACAAAUGCAUAUGAACAAUAA